UUCGGGAGCUGGUGCAUCUGGGUUGCUCUUGCCUGGGGUUCUCAGGAGGGAAGAGUUGGAGAGGCGUUGCUGCUUAGGAGAUUUAUUUUAUAUAUUAAUGGUUUGAACAAUAUUUGCAGGAAAAAACGAGAGAGUACCCAUUCAAGCCAAUGGUGCGUGGGGAGAGACUAACCCCAGUACUUUGAGGUUAGAGAUAACAGAGUACUACUCUAAACAUGGCGGAUGACGAAGAAUAUGAAGAAGUGGUGGAGUACUACACAGAAGAAGUUAUCUAUGAAGAAGUGCCGGGCGAGACCAUAACAAAAGUUUAUGAAACGACUACUACACGGACCAUAACUGACCAGGAUGUACAGCCUACUAUAUCUUACCACGAAGAACGGACAGUAUCUCAUGAUGAACCAACAAAACCAGCAGAGAGGAAAAGAGUUAUCAGGAAGAAAGUGGACCCUUCAAAAUUCAUGACCCCUUACAUUGCACAUAGCCAGAAAAUGCAGAAUCUCUUUAGUCCGAAUAAGUACAAAGAGAAUUUUGAGAAAACUAAAGGAUUACCUUAUGCCAGCACGACUGAUACUCCAGAACUUCGAAGAAUCAAGAAAGUACAAGAUCAACUCAGUGAGGUGAAGUAUCGUAUGGAUGGCGAUGUCGCCAAAACAAUUUGCCAUGUUGACGAGAAGGCAAAGGACAUCGAACAUGCAAAGAAAGUGUCGCAGCAAGUUAGCAAGGUUUUGUAUAAGCAGAACUGGGAAGACACCAAAGAUAAGUACCUGCUUCCCCCUGAUGCUCCAGAACUCGUCCAGGCAAUUAAGAACACGGCCAUGUUCAGUAAGAAACAGUACACUGAAGACUGGGAAGCAGACAAAAGUUUAUUUUACCCAUACAAUGACAGUCCAGAGCUGAGGAGGGUUGCACAAGCCCAGAAAGCUCUCAGUGAUGUUGUCUACAAAAAAGGACAGGCAGAACGGAAUUCUGAGUUUACUCCACUGGCAGAUCCACCAGAUAUAGAAUUUGCCAAGAAAGUGAACAAUCAGCUGAGUAAGAACAAAUACCGGGAGGACUAUGACAAAAAAAUCAGAGGCAAGUGGAGUGAGACUCCUUGCUUUGAAAUUGCAAAUGCAAGAAUGAAUGCUGACAACAUAAGUACUAGAAAAUACCAGGAAGACUUUGAGAACCUCAAAGACCAGAUUUACUUCAUGCAGACAGAAACACCUGAAUACAAAGUUAAUAAGCAAGCUGGAAUUGCUGCUAGUAAGGUAAAAUACAAAGAAGACUAUGAAAAGAAAAAAGCUGUGGCUGAUUAUAAUGUGCUUCCUGCUACAGAGAAUCCGCUACUCAGGCAGCUGAAGGCUGCAGGAAAUGCCCUAAGUGAUAAAUUAUACAAGGAAAACUAUGAAAAGACAAAGGCAAAGAGCAUGAAUUAUUGUGAGACUCCGAAAUUUCAGCUGGAUACAGUUCUGCAAAACUUCAGUGAUAAUAAAUAUAAAGAUUCAUAUGUGAAGAAUAUUUUGGGACACUAUAUAGGCAGCUACGAGGACCCAUACCAUUCACAUUGCAUGAAAGUUUCAGCUCAAAACAGUGAUAAAAAUUACAAAGCAGAAUAUGAAGAAGACAAAGGAAAAUGCUACUUCCCCCAGACCAUAACUCAAGAAUACGAAGCAAUCAAGAAACUAGAUCAAUGUAAAGAUCACACUUACAAAGUCCAUCCUGAUAAGACAAAAUUCACUGCAGUUCCUGAUACUCCCGUCCAACUGCAGGCUCAGAUCAAUAGUAAGCAGCUGAGUGAUCUAAAUUACAAAGCAAAACAUGAAAGUGAGAAGUUCAAGUGCAGCAUCCCACCUGAUGCUCCAACCUUCAUUCAGCACAGAGUCAAUGCCUAUAACCUCAGUGAUAAUGUUUACAAACAGGACUGGGAGAAGAGCAAAGCCAAGAAAUUCGAAAUUAAAGUGGAUGCUAUUCCUCUCCUGGCAGCCAAGGCCAAUAGCAAGAAUGCCAGUGAUGUACUAUACAAGAAAGACUAUGAGAAGAGCAGAGGAAAAAUGAUUGGAGCCUUAAGUGUUGAGGACGAUCCAAAGAUCAUGCACUCUUUGAAGGUGGCCAAAAAUCAGAGUGAUAGAUUAUACAAGGAAAACUAUGAAAAGACAAAGGCAAAGAGCAUGAAUUACUGUGAAACACCCAAGUUUCAGCUUGAUACCCUUCUGAAGAAUUUCAGUGAUAUUAAAUAUAAAGAUUCCUAUGAAAAGAACAUUUUGGGGCAUUACGUAGGCAGCUUCGAGGACCCCUAUCAUUCCCAUUGCAUGAAAGUUGCUGCUCAAAACAGUGAUAAAAACUACAAAGCGGACUACGAAGAAGAUAGAGGCAAAUGCUACUUCCCUCAGACAAUAACACAAGAAUAUGAAGCGAUCAAGAAACUAGACCAAUGCAAAGAUCACACCUACAAAGUCCAUCCUGAUAAAACAAAAUUCACAGCGGUCACUGACUCUCCUGUCCAGUUGCAAGCACAGCUUAAUACCAAACAACUAAGUGACCUGAAUUACAAAGCAAAACAUGAAAGUGAAAAGUUUAAAUGCAAUGUACCAGCAGAUGCUCCAGCCUUCAUACAGCACAGAGUCAAUGCUUACAACCUGAGUGAUAAUAUUUACAAACAUGACUGGGAGAAGAGCAAAGCUAAGAAAUUUGAAAUUAAAGUGGAUGCUAUUCCCCUUCUGGCAGCCAAAGCUAACAGCAAGAUUGCUAGUGAUGUGCUCUACAAAAAAGACUAUGAAAAGAGCAGAGGAAAAAUGAUAGGAGCUCUGAGCGUUGAGGAUGACCCGAAGAUCCUGCAUUCUUUGAAGACAGCCAAAAAUCAGAGUGACAGGGAAUACCACAAAGAUUAUGAAAAGGCAAAGACUGUCUAUACAGCACCUUUGGACAUGCUACAAGUCACCCAGGCAAAGAAAACUCAAGCUCUAGUCAGUGAUGUUGAGUAUAAGAACGUCCCACAUAAUUACAGCUAUCCCCCUGAUAGUAUCAAUGUGGACUUGGCAAAGAAGGCUUAUGCCUUACAAAGUGAUGUUGAAUACAAAGCUGACUACAAUAGCUGGAUGAAAGGCUGUGGCUGGGUACCAUUUGGAUCUUUGGAAAUGGAAAAGGCCAAGAGAGCUUCAGAUAUUCUUAAUGAGAAAAAAUACCGUCAGCAUCCAGGCACUCUCAAAUUUACAGCUAUUGAGGAUGCUCCCAUUACAGUACAGUCUAAAAUCAACCAGGCCCAGAGGAGUGAUAUUCUCUACAAAGCCAAAGGAGAGGAAAUGCUCCACAAAUAUAACCUGCCAGCUGACCUGCCUCAGUUCAUUCAGGCUAAAGUUAAUGCCUACAAUAUUAGUGAAAAUCUAUACAAAGCUGACUUGAAAGACUUGAGCAAAAAGGGCUAUGACCUCAGAACGGAUGCCAUCCCUAUUAAAGCUGCCAAAGCUGCUAGACAAGCAGCCAGUGAUGUUCAAUACAAGAAAGAUUAUGAGAAAGCCAAAGGGAAAAUGGUGGGCUUCCAAAGUCUCCAAGAUGACCCCAAACUGGUUCACUAUAUGAAUGUUGCCAAGUUGCAGUCUGAUCGGGAGUACAAGAAAGACUACGAAAAGUCCAAAACCAAGUAUAAUACACCCCAUGAUAUGUUCAAUGUUGUUGGAGCUAAGAAAGCUCAGGAUCUUGUCAGCAAUGUCAAUUAUAAGCAUCAGCUCCAUCAUUAUACUUACCUGCCUGAUGCCAUGGAUCUGGAGUUGUCGAAAAAUAUGAUGCACAUUCAGAGUGAUAAUGCCUACAAAGAAGAUUAUAAUACCUGGAUGAAAGGUAUUGGCUGGGUCCCUAUUGGCUCUCUUGAGGUAGAAAAAGUGAAAAAAGCUGGUGAUGCACUGAAUGAAAAGAAGUACAGACAACAUCCAGAUACCCUCAAAUUUACCAGUGUGGUGGAUUCCCCAGUAAUGGUCCAGGCAAAGCAGAAUACACAGCAAACCAGUGAUAUUCUAUACAAAGCUAAAGGAGAGGAUGUGAAACACAAAUACACCAUGAGCCCUGACCUUCCUCAGUUUAUUCAGGCCAAAUGUAACGCUUACAAUAUCAGCGAUGCAUGUUAUAAACGUGACUGGCAUGAUUUAAUAGCCAAGGGAAACAACGUGCUGGGUGAUGCUAUUCCAAUUGUUGCAGCCAAGGCUUCUAGAAACAUUGCUAGUGAUUAUAAAUACAAAGAAGCAUAUGAAAAGGCAAAAGGAAAACAUGUCGGUUUUAGAAGCCUUCAAGAUGAUCCCAAGUUAGUUCACUACAUGAAUGUGGCCAAGCUGCAGUCUGAUCGUGAAUAUAAGAAGAACUAUGAGAAUACCAAGACUAGCUAUCAUACGCCUGGGGACAUGGUCAGCAUCACGGCUGCAAAAAUGGCCCAGGAUGUUGCCACCAAUGUCAACUACAAACAACCAAUACACCAUUACACUUACCUGCCAGAUGCUAUGAAUCUUGAACUUACAAGGAAUAUGAUGCAGAUUCAGAGUGAUAAUGUGUAUAAAGACGAUUACAACACCUUCUUCAAAGGCAUUGGCUGGAUCCCUAUUGGUUCUCUGGAGGUUGAAAAAGCCAAAAAGGCUGGAGAGGCAAUAAGCGAGAGGAAGUAUCGACAGCACCCAGACACAGUCAAAUUCACAAGUGUGCCAGAUUCCAUGGGCAUGGUUUUGGCUCAGCAAAAUACAAAGCAACUGAGUGAUUUGAACUACAAGGUGGAAGGAGAGAAAAUAAAACACAAAUAUACUCUGGACCCUGAAUUACCUCAAUUUAUUCAAGCCAAGGUCAAUGCUCUCAACAUGAGUGAUGCUCAUUAUAAAGCAGACUGGAAGAAGACACUUGCAAAGGGCUAUGACUUAAAGCCAGAUGCUAUUCCACUACUUGCUGCAAAAGCUGCAAGGAAUAUUGCUAGUGAUUUCAAAUAUAAGGAGGCAUAUGAGAAAGACAAAGGAAAGCAAGUUGGAUUUCUUAGUCUUCAGGAUGACCCUAAACUGGUCCACUACAUGAAUGUGGCCAAAAUACAGUCAGACCGGGAAUACAAGAAAGGUUAUGAAGCCAGCAAGACCAGGUAUCAUACACCCUUGGAUAUGUUCAGCGUGAUAGCUGCAAAGAAGUCUCAGGAAGCUACUACCAAUACCAACUACAGACAGCCAAUCCAUCAUUAUACCCUCUUGCCCGAUGCCCUGAAUAUGGAGCAUUCCAGAAAUGCAAUGCAGAUCCAGAGUGAUAAUCUUUAUAAGUCAGAUUUCACCAACUGGAUGAGAGGAAUUGGGUGGGUGCCAGCAGAAUCCUUGGAAGUGGAGAAAGCAAAAAGAGCUGGAGAGAUUCUCAGUGAGAAGAAGUACCGCCAACAUCCAGAAAAACUGAAGUUCACCUAUGAUAUGGAUGCUAUGGAACAAGUGCUUAACAAAAAUAACAAGCUGACAAUGAACAAGAGACUCUACACUGAGAAAUGGAACAAAGACAAGACUACCAUCCACGUUAUGCCUGACACUCCAGAAAUUCUAUUGUCCAGAGCAAACCAAGUUACCAUGAGUGAUAAACUCUACAGAUCUGGCUGGGAAGAGGCUAAGAAGAAAGGCUAUGACCUGAGGCCAGAUGCUAUCUCAAUACAGGCUGCAAAAUCCUCUAGAGACAUUGCUAGUGAUUACAAGUACAAGCAAGCCUAUGAAAAAGCCAAAGGGAAGCACAUUGGCUUCCGGAGCCUUGAAGAUGAUCCCAAGUUAGUGCACUUCAUGCAAGUGGCUAAAAUGCAGUCUGACCGAGAAUACAAGAAGGGCUAUGAGAAGUCAAAGACAUCAUUCCACACUCCAGUGGACAUGCUCAGCGUUGUGGCAGCAAAGAAAUCACAGGAAGUGGCUACCAAUACCAACUAUAGGCAUUUGAUCCACACGUACAACAUGCUGCCAGAUUCCAUGAGCUUUGAGUUAGCCAAAAAUAUGAUGCAGAUCCAGAGCGAUAAUCAGUACAAAGCAGACUAUGAUGACUUCAUGAAAGGUAUCGGGUGGCUACCCCUAGGCUCACUGGAAGCUGAGAAAAAUAAGAAAGCAAUGGAAAUCAUCAGUGAAAAGAAAUACCGCCAACAUCCAGACACUCUCAAGUAUUCUACUUUGAUGGACUCAAUGAACAUGGUUCUAGCACAAAAUAAUGCAAAAAUUAUGAAUGAACAUCUCUACAAACAAGCCUGGGAAGCAGAUAAGACCAAAGUUCAUAUCAUGCCGGAUCAUCCUCAGAUUGUUUUGGCAAAAGCAAAUGCAAUUAACAUGAGUGAUAAACUAUACAAACUUUCCUUGGAAGAGGCAAAGAAGAAGGGAUAUGAUCUCAGAACUGAUGCAAUUCCUAUCACUGCUGCCAAAGCUUCCAGAGAUAUUGCUAGUGAUUAUAAAUACAAAUAUAAUUAUGAAAAGGAGAAGGGCAAGAUGAUUGGUUUCCGUAAUCUUCAAGAUGACCCUAAACUAGUCCAUUACAUGCAAGUGGCUAAGAUGCAGUCUGACCGGGAAUACAAGAAAAACUAUGAGAAUACCAAAACCAGCUACCACACUCCUGCUGACAUGCUCAGUGUCACAGCAGCCAGGGACGCCCAGGCCAACAUAAGCAACACUGCCUACAAGCAUCUCAUUCACAAGUACAUCCUCCUUCCUGAUGCAAUGAACAUUGAACUGUCCAGGAAUAUGAAACACAUUCAAAGUGAAAAUGAAUAUAAACAGGACUACAAUGAAUGGUACAAAGGCCUUGGCUGGAGUCCAGCAGGAUCUCUGGAAGUAGAGAAGGCCAAGAAAGCUACUGAAUAUGCAAGUGACAGGAAAUACCGUCAGCACCCUAGUAACUUUCAAUUCAAGAAACUGAGUGACUCUAUGGAUAUGGUGCUUGCAAAACAGAAUGCACACACCAUGAACAAGCAUUUAUAUACUGUUGAUUGGAACAAAGAUAAGACUCAGAUUCAUGUUAUGCCCGAUACACCAGAUAUUCUACAGGCCAAGCAGAACCAGACAUUGUAUAGUCAGAAACUGUAUAAACUUGGAUGGGAAGAAGCUUUAAAGAAAGGCUAUGACCUCCGACCUGAUGCACUCUCAGUCCAACUGGCCAAAGCUUCAAGGGACAUUGCCAGUGAUUAUAAAUACAAGGAAGGCUACCGCAAACAACAAGGCCACCAUAUUGGAUUCCGUAGCAUUCAAGAUGACCCUAAACUGGUACUAUCUAUGAAUGUGGCUAAAAUGCAGAGUGAGAGAGAAUACAAGAAAGACUUUGAGAAAUGGAAGACCAAGUUUAGCAGCCCAGUGGACAUGCUGGGAGUGGUUUUGGCCAAGAAAUGUCAGACUUUGGUCAGCGAUGUAGACUACAAGCAUCCCCUACACCAAUGGACAUGUCUGCCAGAUCAGACAGCUAUCAUUCAAGCUAAAAGAGUGUCUGAACUACAGAGUGAAAACGUGUACAAGUCUGAUCUGCAAUGGCUCAGAGGGAUAGGAUGGAGUCCACUGGGUUCUCUGGAGGCGGAAAAGAAUAAGAAAGCUUCAGAGAUCAUCAGUGAAAAGAAAUACCGGCAACCAGCAGACAAAAACAAAUUCACCAGUCUUCCUGAUGCCAUGGACAUAGUUUUGGCAAAGACGAAUGCCAAAAACAGAAGUGAUAGACUCUAUCGAGAAGCAUGGGACAAAGAUAAGACACAAAUCCACAUAAUGCCUGAUACACCUGACAUCAUUUUGGCAAAAGCAAAUUUGAUCAACACGAGUGAUAAACUUUACCGAUUAGGCUAUGAGGAGUUGAAGAAGAAAGGGUAUGACCUUCCUAUUGAUGCCAUACCAAUUAAAGCAGCCAAGGCAUCCAGAGAAAUUGCAAGUGAAUACAAGUACAAGGAAGGCUAUCGUAAGCAGCUUGGCCACCAUAUUGGAGCCCGGGACAUAAAGGAUGAUCCCAAAAUGAUGUGGUCCAUGCAUGUAGCCAAGAUCCAGAGUGACAGAGAGUAUAAGAAGGACUUUGAGAAGUGGAAGACCAAAUUCAGCAGUCCAGUGGAUAUGCUAGGGGUUGUACUGGCCAAGAAAUGCCAGACCCUAGUCAGUGACAUAGAUUAUAAACACCCUUUGCACCAAUGGAUAUGCCUACCUGACCAGAAUGAUGUUGUACAUGCCAGGAAAACAUAUGAUCUUCAGAGUGAUAUCCAGUAUAAGGCAGAUCUCCAGUGGCUAAAAGGCAUUGGCUGGUCCCCUAGUGGUUCCCUUGAGGAUGAGAAGAAUAAAAGAGCAACUUCAAUUUUGAGUGACCACGUAUACCGUCAGCACCCAGAUAAAUUCAAAUUUUCUAGUCUUAUGGACUCUAUACCUAUGGUUUUGGCAAAGAACAAUGCUAUAACUAUGAACCAUCGUCUCUAUACCAAAGCAUGGGAUUCAGAUAAAACCACCAUCCAUAUUAUGCCAGACACCCCUGAAGUUUUACUGGCAAAGCAGAAUAAAAUUAAUUACAGUGAUAAACUAUAUAAACUUGGAUUGGAAGAGGCCAAACAGAAAGGCUAUGAUUUGCGGCUAGAUGCCAUCCCCAUCCGGGCAGCUAAAGCCUCCAGAGAUAUUGCCAGUGAAUACAAAUACAAAGAAGGUUACCGUAAGCAGCUUGGUCACCACAUUGGAGCCCGAGCCAUUCAUGAUGACCCCAAGAUGAUGUGGUCUAUGCAUAUAGCCAAGGUCCAGAGUGACAGAGAGUACAAGAAGGACUUUGAGAAAUGGAAGACAAAGUUCAGCAGCCCCGUGGACAUGCUGGGAGUUGUUCUGGCCAAGAAAUGUCAGACAUUGGUCAGUGAUGUGGAUUACAAGCAUCCUCUUCACCAAUGGACCUGCUUGCCAGACCAAAAUGAUGUCAUUCAUGCUCGUAAAGCAUAUGACCUUCAGAGUGAAAAUUUAUACAAGUCAGAUCUUCAGUGGUUGAGAGGCAUUGGCUGGGUGCCAAUUGGUUCUUUGGAUGUUGAAAAAUGCAAACGAGCAACAGAGAUUUUGAGUGACAAGGUCUACCGGCAGCCUCCAGACAAAUUGAAAUUUACCAGUGUGACUGAUUCUCUGGAACAAGUGUUGGCCAAGAAUAAUGCCAUCACCAUGAACAAACGUCUAUACACAGAAGCUUGGGAUAAAGACAAGACCCAGAUCCACAUCAUGCCUGAUACACCUGAGAUUAUGCUAGCAAGACUCAACAAGAUUAACUACAGUGAGAGUCUAUAUAAACUUGCCAAUGAAGAGGCAAAGAAGAAAGGCUAUGACUUGCGAGUUGACGCCAUUCCAAUUGUGGCAGCCAAGGCAUCAAGAGACAUUGCCAGUGAUUACAAAUACAAAGAUGGUUAUCGCAAGCAGCUGGGCCACCAUAUUGGAGCCCGGGACAUAAAGGAUGAUCCCAAGAUGAUGUGGUCUAUGCAUGUGGCCAAGAUCCAGAGUGACAGAGAAUACAAGAAGGACUUUGAGAAAUGGAAGACCAAGUUCAGCAGCCCAGUGGACAUGCUGGGAGUUGUUCUGGCCAAGAAGUGUCAGGUUCUGGUCAGUGACAUAGACUAUAAACAUCCUCUACACCAAUGGACCUGCUUGCCAGAUCAGAAUGAUGUCAUUCAUGCUCGCAAGGCCUAUGACCUACAGAGUGAUAAUAUGUACAAGUCAGAUCUUCAGUGGUUGAGAGGCAUUGGCUGGGUGCCAAUUGGUUCUCUGGAUGUUGAAAAGUGCAAAAGGGCAACAGAGAUUUUGAGUGACAAGGUCUACCGGCAGCCUCCAGACACACUGAAAUUUACCAGUGUGACUGAUUCUCUGGAACAAGUGUUGGCCAAGAAUAAUGCCAUCACCAUGAACAAACGCUUAUAUACAGAAGCAUGGGACAAAGACAAGACUCAGAUUCACAUUAUGCCUGAUACCCCUGAAAUCAUGUUGGCAAGACAGAACAAAAUCAACUACAGUGAGAGUCUCUAUAAACUUGCCAAUGAAGAAGCAAAGAAGAAAGGUUAUGACUUGAGAGUUGAUGCCAUCCCAAUUGUGGCAGCCAAAGCAUCAAGAGAUAUUGCCAGUGAAUACAAAUACAAAGAUGGUUAUCGCAAGCAGCUGGGCCACCAUAUUGGAGCCCGGGACAUAAAGGAUGAUCCCAAGAUGAUGUGGUCUAUGCAUGUGGCCAAGAUCCAGAGUGACAGAGAAUACAAGAAGGACUUUGAGAAAUGGAAGACCAAGUUCAGCAGCCCAGUGGACAUGCUGGGAGUUGUUCUGGCCAAGAAGUGUCAGGUUCUGGUCAGUGACAUAGACUAUAAACAUCCACUCCACCAAUGGACCUGCUUGCCAGAUCAGAAUGAUGUCAUUCACGCUCGCAAGGCCUAUGACCUACAGAGUGAUAAUAUUUACAAGGCUGAUCUCCAGUGGUUGAAAGGUAUUGGCUGGGUCCCAAUUGGUUCACUGGAUGUCAUCAAGUGCAAGAGGGCUGCAGAAAUCUUAAGUGAUAAUGUGUACCGUCAACCUCCGGACAAACUCAAAUUUACCAGUGUGACUGAUUCUCUGGAACAAGUGCUGGCCAAGAAUAAUGCCAUCACCAUGAACAAGCGCUUAUAUACAGAGGCCUGGGACAAAGACAAGACACAAAUCCACAUCAUGCCUGAUACACCAGAGAUUAUGUUAGCAAGACAGAAUAAAAUCAACUAUAGUGAGAGUCUAUAUCGUCAUGCUAUGGAAGAAGCAAAGAAAGAAGGUUAUGACUUGAGAAGUGAUGCUAUUCCAAUUGUUGCUGCCAAAGCAUCCCGGGACAUUGCCAGUGAUUACAAAUACAAAGAAGCUUAUCGCAAGCAGCUUGGUCACCACAUUGGUGCCCGAGCUGUACACGAUGACCCCAAGAUGAUGUGGUCACUGCAUAUAGCCAAAGUGCAGAGUGACCGAGAGUAUAAGAAAGAAUUUGAGAAAUACAAGACAAGGUACACCAGUCCAGUAGACAUGCUCGGCAUUGUGUUGGCCAAGAAGUGCCAGACUUUGGUCAGUGACGUGGAUUACAAGCAUCCUCUGCAUGAAUGGACAUGCCUGCCGGACCAGAAUGACAUCAUUCAUGCUCGCAAAGCCUAUGACCUACAGAGUGAUAAUUUGUAUAAGUCGGACCUCGAAUGGAUGAAAGGCAUUGGCUGGGUCCCAAUAGGGUCUCUAGAGGUUGUUAAAGCCAAGAGGGCUACAGAGAUCUUGAGUGAUAAUAUCUACCGGCAGCCUCCAGACAAACUGAAAUUUACCAGCAUAACAGACUCUCUGGAACAGGUGCUAGCCAAGAAUAAUGCCAUAACUAUGAAUAAGCGUUUGUAUACAGAAGCAUGGGAUAAUGAUAAGAAAACAAUUCAUGUCAUGCCUGACACACCAGAAAUCAUGCUUGCUAAACUCAACAAAAUAAACUACAGUCAGAAACUCUACCGACUUGCCCUGGAGGAAUCUAAAAAGGAAGGUUAUGACCUACGUGUAGAUGCUAUUCCAAUCCAAUCAGCUAAAGCAUCUCGAGAUAUUGCUAGCGAUUACAAGUACAAAGAAGGCUAUCGUAAGCAGCUGGGCCACCAUAUUGGAGCCCGGGACAUAAAGGAUGAUCCCAAAAUGAUGUGGUCUCUACAUGCAGCAAAGAUCCAGAGUGACAGGGAGUACAAAAAGGACUUUGAGAAAUGGAAGACCAAGUUCAGCAGCCCAGUGGACAUGCUGGGGAUCGUGUUGGCCAAGAAGUGUCAGACUUUGGUCAGUGACAUAGACUACAAGCAUCCUCUGCAUGAGUGGAUGUGCCUACCAGACCAGAAUGAUGUCAUUCAGGCUCGCAAGGCCUAUGACCUACAGAGUGAUGCUAUUUACAAAUCUGAUCUGGAAUGGUUGAGAGGUAUCGGAUGGGUUCCCAUUGGUUCUGUAGAGGUGGAAAAGGUCAAGAGAGCAGGAGAAAUCUUAAGUGACAAGAAGUACCGUACACCCGCUGAUCAGCUUAAAUUCACUUGCAUCACGGACACUCCAGAAAUUGUCCUGGCAAAGAGUAACGCUCUGACGAUGAGCAAGCAUCUGUACACAGAAGCUUGGGAUGCUGACAAGACCUCUAUCCAUGUGAUGCCAGACACACCUGAAAUCAUGCUGGCCAAGAGCAAUUCUGUUAACGUCAGCCAGAAACUUUAUACUAAAGGAUGGGAUGAGUCAAAGAUGAAAGACUAUGACUUCAGAGCCGAUGCUAUUCCAAUCAAAAGUGCCAAAGCCUCAAGGGACAUCGCCAGUGAUUACAAAUAUAAAGAAGCUUAUGAGAAGCAGAAGGGUCACCACAUCGGAGCCCAGUGCGUGGAAGAUGAUCCCAAGAUUAUGUGGUCCAUACAUGCAGGAAAGAUUCAGAGUGAAAGGGAAUACAAGAAAGAUUUCCAGAAGUGGAAGACCAAGUUCAGUAGUCCAGUGGAUAUGUUGGGCAUCUUGCUAGCUAAAAAAUGCCAGACUCUGGUCAGUGAUAUUGAUUAUCGCAACUAUUUUCACCACUGGACAUGUUUACCAGAUCAAAACGAUGUUAUCCAAGCAAGGAAAGCCUAUGAACUUCAAAGCGAUAAUGUAUACAAAGCUGACCUGGAAUGGAUACGUGGCAUUGGCUGGAUGCCUCAAGGUUCAGUGGAGAUGACUAGAGUGAAGGGUGCCCAAGACCUCAUCAAUGAGAGACUGUAUCGGACACGACCCGAAGCCCUGAAAUUCACGAAUAUUGUUGACACCCCCGAAGUGGUACUGGCCAAGGCCAAUUCUCUGCAAAUGAGUGAGUGGUUGUAUAAAGAUGCCUGGAAUAAAGAUAAGACAAACAUCAACAUUCCUUCUGACACGCCAGUGAUGUUGCAGGCUCAGCUCAAUGCCAUGCAGAUCAGCAAGAAACUAUAUCAACAAGCCUGGGAUGAGGCCAAACAGAAGGGUUAUGACAUAAAUGAGAAAGCCAUUGAGAUCAAACAGGCAAAGGCAGCCAGAGACAUUGCCAGUCAGUACAAGUAUAAAGAAGGUUACCGGAAACAACUGGGCCACCACGUGGGUUUCCGCAGCCUGCAAGAUGACCCCAAGUUAGUGUGGUCUAUCCAUGCUGCCAAGAUCCAGAGUGACAGGGAGUAUAAGAAAGCUUAUGAGAAGUCCAAGGCCCACUAUAAUACUCCAUUGGACAUGAUGGCGAUUGUUCAAGCCAAGAAAUGCCAGGUCCUGGUUAGCGAUGUGGAUUAUCGCAACUACCUACACCAAUGGACGUGUCUUCCAGACCAGAAUGAUGUGAUCCAGGCUAAGAAAGCCUAUGAGCUUCAGAGUGAUAAUGUAUACAAAUCAGACCUGGAAUGGUUGAAGGGUAUUGGAUGGUUGCCGCAAGAUUCUGUGGAAGUGAAUAGAGUAAAGAAUGCCCAAGAGCUAGUGAAUGAAAGGCGCUACCGUACGAGGCCUGAAGCUCUCAAAUUCACAAGCAUCGUGGACACCCCUGAAGUUAUCCUGGCAAAGACCAAUGCUCUGCAGAUCAGUGAGCCACUCUAUCGAGAUGCUUGGGAUAAAGAAAAGGCAAAUGUGAACAUCCCUGCUGAUACCCCUGUGAUGCUACAAUCAAAGAUCAAUGCCAUGCAGAUAAGCAACAAACAAUAUCAACAAGCUUGGGAAGAUGUCAAGAUGAAGGGUUAUGACAUACGAGCGGAUGCCAUUGGAAUUCAGCAUGCCAAGGCUUCAAGAGAUAUUGCUAGUGAGUAUCUCUACAAAUCUGCUUAUGAGCAACAGAAAGGCCAUUACAUUGGAUGUCGCAAUGUAAAGGAAGACCCCAAGCUUUCUUGGGCUGCUCAAGUGCUGAAAAUGCAGAAUGACAGAUUGUAUAAGAAGGCCUACAAUGAUAACAAGGCCAAGAUCUCUAUACCAGUGAACAUGGUGUCCAUCAGUGCUGCCAAAGAGGGUCAGGCAUUAGUGAGUGAUGUGGAUUAUCGCCAAUACCUCCACCGCUGGUCAUGCUUUCCUGAUCAAAAUGAUGUGAUCCAAGCCAGGAAGGCUUAUGACCUGCAAAGUGAUGCCAUCUAUAAGGCUGACUUGGAGUGGUUGCGUGGUAUUGGCUGGAUGCCAGAAGGUUCUCCUGAGCUCUUGAGAGUCAAGAAUGCCCAGGAGAUUUUGUGUGACAGUGUCUACCGGACAAAUGUGAAGGACCUUAAAUAUACGAGUAUUGUUGACACUCCCGAAGUUGUCCUUGCUAAGUCAAAUGCUGAAAAUAUCAGUAUUCCCAAGUACAGAGAAGUUUGGGACAAAGACAAAACCUCAAUUCACAUCAUGCCAGAUACUCCAGAAAUUAAUCUAGCCAGAGCAAAUGCUCUUAAUGUGAGCAAUAAAAUUUACAAAGAAGGCUGGGAAGAAGUAAAGAUGAGCUGUGAUGUGAGGCUAGAUGCCAUUCCAAUCCAGUCUGCCAAAGCUUCCAGAGAGAUUGCCAGUGAUUAUAAAUACAAACUGGACCAUGAAAAGCAGAAGGGCCACUAUGUAGGAACCCUUACUGCCAGAGAUGAUAAUAAAAUCCGCUGGGCCUUGAUAGCAGGCAAGAUUCAGAAUGAAAGAGAAUACAGGCUGGACUGGGGCAAGUGGAAGACCAAGUUCAAAAGCCCAGUGGAUAUGCUUUCUAUCUUGCAUUCUAAGAAGAGCCAGACCCUUGUCAGUGAUGUUGAUUACCACAAUUAUCUUCAUCAAUGGACAUGCCUGCCCGACCAGAAUGAUGUGAUUCAAGCAAAGAAAGCCUACGAGCUACAGAGUGAUGCAGUUUACAAGGCAGACUUGGAAUGGUUGAGGGGAAUUGGGUGGAUGCCAAAUGACUCUGUUUCAGUGAAUCAUGCCAAACAUGCUGCAGAUAUCUUUAGCGAGCAAAAAUAUCGGACCAAGGUUGAAACUCUCAAUUUUACACCUGUGGAUGACCGAGUUGAUUAUAUAACAGCAAAACAAAGUGGAGAGAUCCUAAAUGAUAUCAAAUACCGCAAAGAUUGGAAUGACACCAAAUCAAAGUAUACCCUAACAGAAACACCACUACUUCACACUGCCCAGGAAGCAGCCAGGAUCCUAGACCAGUACCUCUACAAGGAAGGCUGGGAGAAACAGAAAGCCACAGGUUACAUUUUGCCUCCAGAUGCUGUGCCCUUUGUCCAUGCCCAUCAUUCCAGUGAUGUCCAAAGUGAGCUCAAAUAUAAGGCUGAACAUGUUAAGCAAAAAGGCCAUUAUGUUGGUGUUCCUACUAUGAGAGAUGAUCCCAAGCUGGUUUGGUUUGAGCAUGCAGGGGAGAUCCAAAAUGACAGACUAUACAAAAAGGACUACCACAAAACCAAGUCCAAAAUCAACAUACCACCUGAUAUGGUGUCCGUCAUGGCAGCCAAACAGGGUCAGAACCUUGUAAGUGAUAUAGAUUACCGGAAUUACCUGCAUCAGUGGACAUGUCAUCCAGACCAGAAUGAUGUCAUUCAAGCAAAGAAAGCCUAUGACCUACAGAGUGAUAAUGUCUAUAAAGCAGACCUAGAGUGGCUCCGUGGUAUUGGUUGGAUACCCUUAGAUUCUGUUGAACAUGUGAGGGUUACAAGGAAUCAGGAAAUGGUGAACCAGAUAAAAUACAAGAAAGAUGCUCUUGACAAUUAUCCCAACUAUACAAGUGUGGUUGAUCCUCCAGAUAUUGUUCUAGCCAAGAUUAAUUCAGUCAAUCAGAGUGAUGUAAAGUACAAGGAGACAUUUAACCGAGCAAAGGGCAAAUACAUUGGUUCUGCAGAUACUCCACACCUGUCCCACUCCAGAGAUAUGGCCAAACUCUAUAGUACGAUACUGUAUAAAGGAUCCUGGGAAGGAAGUAAAGCUUAUGGAUAUACCUUGGAUGAGAAAUAUAUACCAAUUGUUGGUGCCAAGAAUGCUGACUUCGUGAAUAGUCUGCUUAAAUACAAAGAAGUAUAUGAAAAGCAGAAGGGCCAUUACCUGGCUGGAAAACACAUCAGUGAAUUCCCUGCUGUUAUUCAUUCUCUGGAUUUCCAAAAAAUGAGGAGUGCGUUGAACUACAGAAGACACUACGAAGAUACUAAAGCCAAUAUCCAUAUUCCAAAUGACAUGAUGAACCACGUACUGGCUAAAAAAUGCCAAUACAUCCUCAGUGACCUGGAGUAUCGACACUACUUUCACCAGUGGACAUCUCUGCCAGAGGAACCCAAUGUCAUUCGUGCCCGAAAUGCCCAGGAGAUUUUGAGUGAUAAUGUGUAUAAAGAUGACUUAAACUGGCUGAGAGGAAUUGGAUGCUACGUCUGGGAUACACCUCAAAUCCUCCAUGCUAAAAAAUCCUAUGAUCUUCAAAGUCAGCUGCAAUAUACAGCGGCAAGUAAAGAUAAUUUACAGAACUACAAUCUGGUCACAGAUACGCCACUUUAUGUGACUGCCGUCCAAAGUGGCAUUAAUGCCAGCGAGGUGAAAUAUAAAGAAAAUUAUCAUCAAAUUAAGGACAAAUACACUACCAUUCUAGAAACGGUGGAUUAUGACAGAACCAAGAAUCUAAAAAGUCUUUUUAGCAAUAAUCUCUACAAAGAUGCCUGGGAAAAAGUGAAAGCUACAAGCUACAUACUACCAACCAACUCAGUCUCACUGACACAUGCCAAGAACCAGAAACAUCUGGCUAGCCAUCUCAAAUAUCGUGAAGAGUAUGAGAAGUUUAAAGCUCUCUAUACUUUACCACGAAGUGUCGAUGAUGAUCCCAAUACAGCAAGAUGCCUUCGAGUGGGCAAACUUAACAUUGAUCGCCUCUACAGAUCUACCUAUGAAAAAAAUAAGAUGAAAAUCCACAUUGUGCCAGACAUGGUGGACCUUGUUACUGCUAAGGAUUCCCAGAAGAAAGUCAGUGAAAUCGAUUACCGCCUCCAUCUGCAUGAAUGGAUCUGCCAUCCAGACCUGCAGAUCAAUAGUCAUGUCAGGAAAGUCACUGAUCAGAUAAGUGAUAUUAUCUAUAAGGAUGACCUCAAUUGGCUGAAAGGUAUCGGUUGUUUUGUCUGGGACACGCCUGAAAUUCUCCAUGCCAAGCAUGCCUAUGAUCUUCGUGAUGAUAUAAAAUACAAAUCUCAUGUAAUGAAAACAAGAAACGACUACAAAAUGGUCACGGAUACACCAGUCUAUGUACAAGCAGUCAAAAGUGGCCAACAGCUGAGUGAUGCUGUCUAUCGUCAUGAAUAUAUACACAAUGUUAGAGGAAAAGUGAUUCCCACUACUAAGUCAGUGGAUUUGGACCGAUCAAAGCAUGCUUAUAAACUACAGAGUGAAUAUUUAUACCGAAAAGAUGGCUUACGUUACCUGCCCACUGGAUAUAGAAUUCCAGGAGAUGCUCCCAACUUUAAGAAGGCUAAGGAGGCCCAAUAUAUGAGUAGUUACUUCAAAUACAAAGAAGUCUAUGAACACCUGAAGGCAAAUGGAUAUACUCUUGGUCCCAAAGAUGUUCCAUUUGUUCAUGUCCGGAGAGCCAACCAAGUUACCAGUGAGCGCCUCUAUCGGGAAUUAUAUCACAAAUUAAAGGACAAGAUUCAUACCACUCCAGACACACCUGAAAUCCGCCAGGUCAAAAAAACACAAGAAGCUGUCAGUGAACUAAUCUACAAAUCUGACUUCUUCAGGAUGCGAGGACACAUGAUCUCUUUGCCAUACACACCUCAAGUUCUACAUUGCCGCUAUGUGGGGGACAUUACAAGUGAUAUUAAGUACAAAGAGGAUCUACAGAUUUUGAAGGGCUUAGGAUGCUUCCUCUAUGAUACUCCUGACAUGGUCCGUUCCCGUCACCUGCGUAAGCUUUGGUCCAACUACCUGUACACAGAUACGGCAAGGAAGAUGAGAGACAAAUACAGUGUGGUGCUGGACACCCCUGAAUACAGAAAAGUGCAAGAGCUGAAGACACAUUUGAGUGAGUUGGUGUACAGAGCUGUAGGCAAGAAGCAAAAGUCAAUAUAUACUUCAAUUCUUGAUACCCCCGACUUCUUAAGAGCCAAGAAAGGACAGAAGCUUCAGAGCCAGUAUCUGUAUGUUGAAUUGGCCACCAAAGAGCGACCCCAUCAUCAUGCUGGUAACCAGACUAAAGCCUUAAAGCAUGCUAGAGAUGUUAAGGACAUGGUCAGUGAGAAAAAGUACAAAAUUCAGUACGAAAAAAUGAAGGACAGGUAUACUCCAGUCCCUGACACGCCAAUCCUCAUCAGAGCUAAAAAGGCUUACUGGAAUGCCAGCGACUUACGCUAUAAAGAAACAUUCCAUGCCACCAAAGGGAGAUACCACACUGUGAAGGAUGCCCUGGACAUCGUAUAUCACCGCAAGGUCACGGAUGACAUCAGCACCGUAAAAUACAAGGAGAACUAUAUGAGCCAACUAGGAUUCUGGAGGUCAAUUCCAGAUCGUCCAGAACACUAUCACCACCGGGCUGUCACUGAUGCUGUCAGUGAUGUUAAAUACAAAGAAGACUUAACAUGGCUUAAGGGCAUUGGCUGCUAUGCCUAUGAUACUCCUGACUUGAUGCUGGCAGAACAGAACAAGACCCUUUAUAGCAAGUACAAGUACAAGGAAUUAUUUGAAAAGACAAAGUCUAAUUUCAAAUACAUAGCUGACUGUCCAAUUAAUAGGCAUUUCAAAUAUGCAACUCAACUGAUGGAUGAGAAAAAAUAUAAAUCUAGUGCCAAGAUGUUUCUACGACAUGGAUGUAAUGAAAUUCUGCGUCCAGAUAUGUUGACUGCACUCUACAAUACACACAUGUGGAGCCAGAUCAAAUACAAGAAAAAAUAUGAGAAGACAAAGGACAAAUUUACAUCUGUUGUAGAUACUCCAGAACACUUGCGUACCACAAAAGUCAACAAGCAAAUCAGUGAUAUCCUUUACAAGUUGGAAUACAACAAAGCCAGACCCAGAGGCUACACCACAAUCCAUGACACCCCCAUGUUACUGCAUGUUCGCAAAGUGAAAGACCGAAUCAGCGACCUGAAAUACAAAGAAGCAUACCAAAGGACCAAGUCUAAUUGCACCAUUGAACCUGAUGCAGUUCAUAUAAAGGCAGCCAAGGAUGCCUAUAGAGUAAACACUAAUAGGGAUUAUAAGAAGCAAUAUGAAGCAACCAAAGCUCACUGGAAGUGGAUUGCUGACAGACCUGACUUCAUACAAGCUGCUAAAUCAACCUUGCAACAAAGUGAUUUUGAAUACAAGCUGGACCGAGAGUUCCUGAAGGGUUGUAAACUCUCUGUCACUGAUGACAAAGAUAUGGUGCUGGCCCUGAGGAAUUCCUUAAUAGAAAGUGAUUUAAAAUACAAAGAGAAGCAUGUCAAAGAAAGAGGAACCUGCCAGGCAGUACCUGAUACUCCCCAGAUCCUUCUUGCUAAGACUGUCAGUAACCUGGUAUCAGAGAACAAAUACAAAGACCAUGUGAAAAAGCACCUUGCACAGGGUUCCUACACAACUCUUCCCAAGACGCGAGAUACUGUUCAUGUCAAGGAAGUGACCAAGAAUGUCAGCGAUACAAAUUAUAAAAAGAAGUUUGUAAAGGAGAGAGGAAAGUCCAACUACUCCAUCAUGCUUGAGCCACCAGAGGUGAAACAUGCCAUGGAAGUUGCAAAGAAUCAGAGCAACAUUGCCUACAAAAAAGAUGCCAAGGAGAACCUACAUUACACCACUGUGGCUGAUCGACCUGACAUCAAGAAGGCCACUCACGCUGCCAAGCUAGCCAGUGAGGUGGAAUAUAGAGCCAAGCACCGGAAGGAAGGAAGUCAUGGAUUAAGCAUGCUUGGUCGUCCUGACAUUGAAAUGGCCAAGAAGGCUGCCAGGCUGAGCAGUCAGGCGGAAUACCUCAAAGGACAAAGGAAGGGGCAUGGCGCCGCAUCUUACGACACACCCAUGAUGAGGCAUCUUAAGAAAAUUAAUGUCCUCAUCAGUGAUGUAAAAUACCGAGAAAACUUUGACAAAGAGAAGGGCAAGACACCAAAAUACAACUUGAAAGAUAGCCAGCUCUAUAAGACCAUGAAAGAUGCCAACAACCUCGCAAGUGAAGUUAAGUACAAGGCUGACCUAAAGAAACUUCACAAACCUGUGACUGACAUGAAGGAAUCUCUGAUUAUGAAUCAUGUGCUGAAUACAAGCCAGCUUGCCAGUUCUUACCAGUACAAGAAGAAAUAUGAGAAGAGUAAGGGUCACUACCAUGUAAUUCCUGAUAACCUGGAACAGCUCCAUCUAAAAGAAGCAACAGAACUACAGAGCCAAGUGAAAUAUAAAGAAAAGUAUGAAAAGGAACGAGGAAAACCCAUGUUGGACUUUGAAACCCCAACAUACAUCACUGCAAAGGAAUCUCAACAGAUGCAGAGUGGGAAAGAAUAUAGAAAGGACUAUGAAGAGUCCAUUAAAGGCAGAAAUCUUACUGGCCUGGAGGUUACACCAGCUUUAUUACAUGUCAAAUAUGCCACCAAAAUAGCAAGCGAGAAAGAGUACAGGAAAGAUCUAGAGGAAAGCAUCCGAGGAAAGGGUCUCACCGAAAUGGAUGACACACCUGAUAUGCUACGAGCAAAGAAUGCAACUCAGAUCCUCAAUGAGAAAGAAUACAAGAGAGACCUAGAGCUAGAAGUCAAAGGACGAGGUCUGACCACUAUGGCAAAUGAAACUCCCGAUUUCAUGAGGGCCAGGAAUGCUACAGAUAUUGCCAGCCAGAUUAAAUAUAAGCAGUUGGCAGAAAUGGAAAAAGGCAACUUCACAUCUGUUGUUGAUACACCAGAGAUCAUUCAUGCUCAGCAAGUCAAAAAUCUUUCAAGUCAGAAAAAGUACAAAGAAGAUGCUGAAAGGUGCAUGUCCUACUAUGAGACAGUGCUGGAGACUCCAGAGAUGCAGAGGGUCCGAGAGAACCAGAAGAAUUUCAGCCUUCUCCAAUACCAGAGUGAUCAUAAAAACACUAAAGGAAAAAUUACAGUUGUACAAGACACGCCAGAAAUACUGCGUGUUAAAGAAAAUCAAAAGAAUUUCAGCUCGGUUUUAUAUAAAGAAGGCAUCUCUCCCGGAACAGCGAUUGGACAGACUCCUGAGAUGAUGAGAGUCAAACAAACACAGGAUCACAUUAGCGCGGUGAAAUACAAGGAAAGUAUUGGACAAGGAAUCCCAAUUCCUGACCUUCCUGAAGUGAAACGCGUCAAGGAGACCCAAAAGCACAUAAGCUCGGUUAUGUACAAAGAGAACUUGGGGACAGGCAUCCCAACCACUAUCACUCCAGAGAUGGAGAGAGUCAAACGCAAUCAAGAGAACUUUAGCUCGGUGUUGUACAAAGAAAAUUUGGGGACUGGAACCCCAACACCUAUUACUCCAGAGAUGGAGAGAGUCAGACGCAAUCAAGAGAACGUUAGCUCGGUGUUGUACAAAGAGAACCUGGGCAAGGGAACCCCCUUGCCAGUCACUCCUGAGAUGGAGAGAGUCAAACACAAUCAAGAAAACUUUAGCUCGGUGUUGUACAAAGAGAACCUGGGGGCAGGAACCCCAAUCCCAAUUACUCCAGAGAUGGAGAGAGUCAAACACAAUCAAGAAAACUUUAGCUCGGUGUUAUACAAAGAGAAUCUGGGGACAGGAACUCCAAUCCCCAUCACUCCAGAGAUGGAGAGAGUCAAACACAAUCAAGAAAACUUUAGCUCGGUGUUAUACAAAGAGAAUCUGGGAACAGGAAUCCCAAUCCCCAUCACUCCAGAGAUGGAGAGAGUCAAACACAAUCAAGAAAACUUUAGCUCGGUGUUAUACAAAGAGAACCUGGGCAAGGGAACCCCCUUACCUGUCACUCCAGAGAUGGAGAGAGUCAAACACAAUCAAGAAAAUAUUAGCUCGGUUUUGUACAAAGAAAAUGUGGGGAAAGCCACCCCAACCCCUGUCACUCCAGAGAUGCAGAGAGUCAAACGCAAUCAAGAAAACAUUAGCUCGGUAUUAUACAAAGAGGGCCUGGGGAAGGCAACCCCUACACCUGUCACUCCAGAGAUGGAGAGAGUCAAACGCAAUCAAGAGAACUUUAGCUCGGUUUUAUACAAAGAGAACAUGAGAAAAGCCACCCCAACACCUGUCACUCCAGAGAUGGAGAGAGCUAAGCGCAACCAAGAAAACAUUAGCUCGGUCCUGUAUUCUGAUAGCUUCCGUAAACAAGUGCAAGGCAAAGCCGCCUACGUCUUGGAUACCCCAGAAAUGAGACGAGUGCGAGAGACCCAAAAGCACAUCUCCACGGUGAAAUACCAUGAGGAUUUUGAAAAGCAUAAAGGCUGCUUUACCCCAGUGGUGACGGACCCCAUUACUGAGCGAGUGAAAAAGAACACACAGGACUUCAGCGACAUUAACUACAGGGGUAUCCAGAGGAAGGUGGUGGAAAUGGAGAGAAAACGGACGGAUCAGGAUCAGGAGACUAUAACGGGCUUACGGGUUUGGCGUACCAAUCCUGGCUCAGUUUUCGACUAUGACCCAGCAGAAGACAACAUCCAAUCUCGAAGCUUACAUAUGAUUAAUGUGCAAGCCCAGCGUAGGAGCCGGGACGCUUCUCGAUCUGCUAGUGCAUUGAGCAUCAGUGGCGGAGAUGAGAAAUCAGAGCAUUCAGAGGCAGCCGAUCACCACCUUUCCCAUUACAGCAAUGGAGGAGGAAUCUUCUUCUCAGCAACCUCAUCAGCUUACAAACAUGCAAAGACUACAGAACUUCCACAGCAAAGAUCAUCUUCUGUUGUUACCCAACAGACAACAGUAUCUUCUAUACCAUCCCAUCCCUCUACUGCUGGAAAAACCUUCCGGGCCAUGUAUGACUACAUGGCUGCCGAUGCUGAUGAAGUGUCCUUCAAAGAUGGUGACGCCAUUGUCAAUGUUCAAGCUAUCGAUGAAGGCUGGAUGUAUGGCACCGUGCAGAGGACAGGCAGGACUGGGAUGCUCCCAGCCAACUAUGUCGAAGCUAUUUAACCAUUUAAUGCCAAUAUUUGGGGCCUCCAAAUGUGGCAGCAUCAUCCUAUAAUAGUCCGUUAAUGCCUAGCAGCUUCCGAGCUGUCUUACUGCUUUUCCUUGUUGACAUAGUUUUAUGAUGAAUUAUUUCCUGAUCCUUUUCUUGGUAAAACAAUGGAGAUUUUAAAAAUUCUCCUACCAGACAAAUGACAAACAAUCUCAUCCAUUAUUAAGCUACAAGCAUUUUCUAUAACACUGACUGGACUUGCAUAAAAAUUUAAUGGACAAUAUAAUUAAACUUGUCAUCUAGAAAUAAAUCCUUACUUGAGAAAAUUUGUUAUCUGGCAAGAUACUCAGUUUUGGGUUGUUUUUUUCAAUGGAACUUUUAAAUAAAUUUUGGUUUUGAAAAGAAUUGAACUUUCAGAAAAUUCGACAAAUAAAAGUUUUUUGCUGUGUCAGGCCAUUGGCUUUUUCUGUCCUGAGACCUAGUAUUUUUCUGCAUUGUGAAAAAUGUUUUGAAGCAAGAACAUAUUCUCAAAACAACUAUAAGGACAAUGCAAAAAAAAAAAAUCUCUUUUCUCUUCUCCUCCUUCUUGCUUACUGAAGGCUAAUGCAUGCAUCUUUUCAGCCAGGUAUUCUGGGGCAUAAAGCUGAUGUUCUCUGUAAAUUAGUAAUAAAGUUCACAUUUCUGCAA